AUGUGCGCCGCCGAGCAGCCCGGCCACGGGCGAUCCGCCCUGCGGCCUGGGGAGAAGGACAUAGACUGGCUAUUUUCCGAACCUCUCGAAGCCAUUCUCACCGAUGAGGAGCCCGAGCACGGCGCGCUGGGAGCUCCGGAAGGGGACCACGACCUCCUCACCUGCGGCCAGUGUCAGAUGAACUUCCCGCUGGGGGACAUUCUGGUUUUUAUCGAGCACAAACGGAAACAAUGCAAUGGCAGUCUCUGCCUGGAGAAGGCUGUGGAUAAGCCGCCCUCGCCCUCGCCAAGCGAGCUGAAGAAAGCGUCCAACCCCGUGGAGGUGGGCAUCCAGGUUACGCCAGAGGAUGACGAUUGUUUAUCAACGUCAUCUCGAGGAAUUUGCCCUAAGCAGGAGCAUAUAGCAGGUAAAGAUGAGCCCAGCAGCUACACGUGUACAACUUGUAAACAGCCUUUCAACAGCGCCUGGUUCCUCUUGCAACACGCACAGAACACGCACGGCUUAAGGAUCUACUUAGAAAGCGAGCACGGCAGCCCCCUGACGCCACGGGUUGGUAUCCCAUCAGGACUAGGUGCAGAGUGCCCUUCCCAGCCACCUCUCCACGGGAUUCACAUUGCAGACAAUAACCCUUUUAACCUGCUCAGAAUACCCGGCUCGGUCUCGCGAGAGGCGUCGGGCCUGGGCGAAGGGCGCUUCCCACCCACGCCUCCCCUCUUUAGCCCUCCCCCAAGGCACCAUUUGGAUCCGCAUCGCAUAGAGCGCCUGGGUGCGGAAGAAAUGGCUCUGGCCACCCAUCACCCUAGUGCCUUUGACAGGGUGCUGCGACUGAACCCCAUGGCGAUGGAGCCGCCGGCUAUGGAUUUCUCCCGGCGCCUGCGGGAGCUGGCCGGCAACACGUCCAGCCCGCCCUUGUCGCCGAGCCGGCCCAGCCCUAUGCAAAGGCUGCUGCAGCCCUUCCAGCCGGGCAGCAAGCCCCCGUUCCUGGCCACGCCGCCCCUGCCUCCCCUCCAGUCCGCGCCUCCUCCCUCCCAGCCGCCCAUCAAGUCCAAGUCGUGCGAGUUCUGCGGGAAGACCUUCAAGUUUCAGAGCAACCUGGUCGUGCACCGCCGGAGCCACACGGGCGAGAAGCCCUACAAGUGCAGCCUGUGCGACCACGCGUGCACGCAGGCCAGCAAGCUGAAGCGCCACAUGAAGACCCACAUGCACAAGUCGUCCCCCAUGACGGUCAAGUCGGACGACGGGCUCUCCACGGCCAGCUCCCCCGAGCCCGGCACCAGCGACCUCGUCGGCAGCGCCAGCAGCGCCCUCAAGUCCGUCGUGGCCAAGUUCAAGAGUGAGAACGACCCCAACAUGAUCCCGGAGAACGGGGACGAGGAAGAGGAGGAGGAGGAGGAAGAGGAGGAGGAGGAAGAGGAGGAAGAGGAGGAGGACUUGAAUGAGAACGAGAGGCCGGACUACGGCUUCGGGAUGAACCUGGAGGCGGCCCGUCACCACGAGAACAACUCGCGGCCCGUGGAGGAGAGCCGCUCGAUGCCGGACGUCAUGCAAGGUAUGGUCCUGAGCUCCAUGCAGCACUUCAGCGAGGCCUUCCACCAGGUCCUCGGGGAGAAGCAUAAACGAGGGCACCUCUCCGAGCCCGAGGUACACAGAGACACUUGCGACGAAGACUCGGUGGCCGGCGAGUCCGACCGCAUUGACGAUGGGGCGGUGAACGGCCGGGGCUGCUCCCCGGGGGAGUCCGCCUCCGGAGGCCUGUCCAAAAAGCUGCUGCUGGGUAGCCCCAGCUCCCUGAGCCCCUUCUCGAAACGCAUCAAGCUCGAGAAGGAGUUUGACCUGCCCGCCGCGGCCAUGCCCAACACCGAAAACGUUUACUCCCAGUGGCUGGCCGGCUACGCUGCCUCGCGGCAGCUCAAGGACCCCUUCCUCAGCUUCGGCGACUCCAGACAAUCGCCUUUCGCCUCCUCCUCCGAGCACUCGUCGGAGAACGGCAGCUUGCGCUUCUCCACGCCGCCGGGGGAGCUGGACGGAGGGAUCUCGGGCCGCAGCGGCACGGGAAGCGGAGGGAGCACCCCCCAUAUUAGUGGCCCGGGCCCUGGAAGGCCCAGCUCAAAAGAGGGCAGACGCAGCGACACUUGUGAGUACUGUGGGAAAGUCUUCAAGAACUGUAGUAAUCUCACUGUCCACAGAAGGAGCCACACAGGCGAGAGGCCCUAUAAGUGUGAGCUCUGCAACUACGCCUGCGCCCAGAGUAGCAAACUCACCCGGCACAUGAAAACCCAUGGGCAGGUGGGAAAGGACGUUUACAAAUGUGAAAUUUGUAAGAUGCCUUUUAGCGUGUACAGUACCCUGGAGAAACACAUGAAAAAAUGGCACAGUGACCGAGUCUUGAAUAACGAUAUAAAAACUGAAUAGAGGUAUAUUAAUACGCCCCCCCUCCCCGCCCUGGCUCCCGGUAGAGGUUUUCUAGUCCCUUGUGAUUAAAGUAAUGGAAGCUAAGGAUAUUAAGAAAGUGCUUGUCACCAGCACACCUGUUUAUUUUCUUUUUGUUCUCACCGUUUGAAUGCAUGAUCUGUAUCGGGGCAAUACUAUUGCAUUUUACGCAAACUUUGAGCCUUUCUCUUGUGCAAUAAUUUACAUGUUGUGUAUGUUGUUUUUUUUAUUUUGAAUUAGACAGCAUGUAUGGUAUGUUAUGGCUAUUUUUAAAAUUGUCCCUGA